UUAUCGCCGAUUUCCUCUGCAUUUUCUAUCAAUAAUGUUCAAAUUUCCUUGAAAGAAAAAAUUCGGGUAAGAAUUAUUGUGCUAUUUUCUUCCCACUUUUCUUCAGUAUUCAAAAAUAAAAAACAGAACAAAAACAAAACAUGGAUACUAAUGAAUCAGAAUCGGAAAUUCAGAUAAUGGAUACAUCGGCCGAAUCAAAUCAGGAUCAAGAUACAAGUAUUGAACAAACGGAUUCGGAUCUUAAAAGAACUGUAAAUGGUGAUGCUAAAACAAAUGAAACGGGUCCCACAUCUAAUGGUGCUAUCAAAAAGUGUCCGAUGGCUAUGGGAAACAAUCAUAGCGAAUGGAACGCUUUAGAUCAUUAUAGUGUUUCCUCAAAAGAUGGUUCCAUUAUUUCGGAUAGUGACGGUGAUAAUUAUGGUGGAAUGGAUGAUCUAUCGGACGUAUCAGUCGAGGAAAUAGAUGCAAUGCUCGAAGAAGGUUUGCCAGAUGAGUUUAAGAAACGUAAACUAAAAAAGAUACGUUCAACGGAUGAUGUGACUACUACGGGAGACGCAAAUAACAAGACCAACGAUUCACAAUCGUACGAGGAAAAGGAGAAAAUCGUAAUUAUUGAAAAGGGUCACAAUCAUUUCGAUGUAUUGCCAGAAGGUUGGCUUCAAGUCACCCAUAAUAGUGGCAUGCCACUUUAUUUACAUAAAACCAGUCGAGUGUGCACUUUAUCGAAACCGUAUUUCUUGGGUUCGGGUUCAGCUCGUAAGCAUAAAAUACCGUUAAGUGCGGUACCAUGUUUGAAUUACAAGCGUGCAAUGGAAAAAGAGGAGGAAAUGCGUCAACAAAAAGAACAAGAAGAGGCGAACGCAGCUCAAAAUCCAAGUGCAAACGCGACAAAUGAAUUAUGGUUACCGAAUGCCCGCAUUGAAACUGUCCAAGAGAACUUACAAGUGCAGUCAUUAGACGCAGAAGAAUUCCGUGAAUAUUGUAAGAAAAUAUUUAAGUUUAAAACAAUUAAAGUAAUGCGAUUUAAAUCGUGGCCAGCUAGACGUAAAUUUACAAAAAGUCGUCAUGAACGUCAAUUAAAUCGUCCCACUUUACCCGAUGGUACAAAGCUCAUAACAUUCCCCAUUCAAAAUGCUGACAACGAUCAUCCAAGUAACUCCAAAAAAGAGUGGAUCAUGAACCCGAAUGGCAAGAGUUACGUUUGUAUUUUACAUGAAUAUGUACAGCAUGCUUUGAAGAAACAGCCGAGCUAUGAAUUCAAAGAGCUUGAAAAUGCUGCUAUGCCAUAUUCAGCAACUGUUUCAAUUAAUGACAUGAAAUAUGGCGUUGGCUAUGGGACUAGUAAAAAACAAGCGAAAUCUGAUGCAGCUAAAGCUACUCUUGAAAUUCUUAUACCACAAAUGCGCUCAAAAAUUACUGCUGAAAGUGAAGAGGGCGCUUCGACUGCUGGAAGAGUUACGGAUCAUGAUUUAUCGUUCUUUGACGACAUUAAAAUCGAAGAUCCAAGAGUAGCAGAAUUUUGUGCAAAAACUACGGAACCAUCUCCGCAUGCCAUACUUCUAAUAUGUUUACAACGUAAUUUUGGCUUGACCGAUUUACGCAUUGAAUAUCAUGGGAACACGCUCAAACAUCAAAAGAACGAGUUUACAAUGACGGUGGGCAAACAUAAAGCAACAGUCAUCUGUAAAAAUAAGCGUGAUGGUAAGCAACGCGCUUCGCAAGCGAUCCUACAAGCCUUGCAUCCACACAUCACAUCGUGGGGCUCCUUGUUACGUUUGUAUGGUAAUCGAUCUGUUAAAUCAUUCCGUGAGAAGAAACAAGAGGAACAAGAAAUUACUCAAUUACAGAGUAAGGCUGCUGUGAAUUCACCGAAUUAUGCAAUUUUAGAUAAAUUACGGAUUGAAAUGACCAAAUUGAAGGAUAAGAAAGAGUUACAGAAAAAUAAAGGAGGUACAAGUGCAGGUACGAGUGCUUUGGGUCGAUUUAUUCCCGAUUCAGAUGAUGGAUCAUCUAGUAAUCACAUGACUACUUCGUUGCUCAAUAACGUAGACUUAUAACCUCUAAGACUUUUCUCGGUCUUGUUAUUUGUUUUUUAGUGUUUCAGUCAUUGUAUUCGUAGUCACCGUCACGUCACGGUUUAGAACACAGAAGCACUUUUAAAACUCCUUUAAAUGGUGACUUGUGUCCUCCCUUGUGUGUUCCUUGUUCCACGGAUUUUACCAUAUUAUUAUUUCUACUAUAUGUCCCAGACAUGUGUGAUUUUUAUUUCUACUAAAUGCUUCAGUCAUUUGUUUUAAGGCUGCGCCACAUAUUUAAAGAUAGCGAAUACAAAAAAAAAAUUUGCCUUGUUUUCACGAACGAACAAUUUAAAUUACGCCAAAACGGAGAAGGAUAAUUAAAUAUCGAACAAGAAAAAUUGAAAUUCUUGAUUCGUUAUUUUCAAUUUGAUUCGAAAUAUGGCAACUAUUUAUUUCAUGCUCGCCACAUAACAAAUGUGGACGAUUGUUGGCAGGCUUUUGUAUCUAAUUGCUUCUACCUAAACUGUGUCGUAGCACAAUUAAAUUUUUCCAAGCAUGAUUUAAUAAAUGAUGAAAAGUUAAAAAGAAUUCUCUUGCCAAAAAAAUAAUUUUUGCCCCUUUAAUGAUUGAUUUUGAAAGUGUGUCGUAAAUAGAAUUGAAUGGCCUUAAUUUUGAAUGAGGAGGAAUCAUAGAAUUUCUUGAGUAUUAAAAUAUUAGUAUUAAAAAAAAAAUAGGAAAAAUACUAAGGAGAAUUUAGUUUAAUUUUAUAUAGACGAAGAAAAAAUCCAAGGAUGAUAGUGCCACAGGGCCAGGAUGACUUAGAGGGGUAGGGAUCGGCUCAUAUGUGGUCUUAAGUCAAAGCUUCAUCCUAUUAUGUGUUCAUUAAAAUAUAUUUUUUUAAGUUUUAGAAUUAAUCGGGCCAAAAAUCUAAGGCUAGUAAUUAUUUUAAAAUAAGUUUAUCCUUGCUUAGCGCCAAUCUCUCAACCCAUUGAGAGUUCAAUCAUUUCAUUAUUUUCUGUUUUUAUAAUUUUUAUUAUUGUACAAGAUGAUCCAAAAGUAACCGAACCAUUUAAAAAUGCAAAUUAACUUUUGUGACUAAUCAAUAUACUUUGCUUGCGAAUAAUUGUUACAAUAAUUUGACAUGUAGUUUUCAUGAAACCUUGUGC